GGGACAAUCAAUGAUUCCAGAAUCCAUUCCAUAAGACAAAAGAAGAGAAAAGAAUAAAAAAAAAAAAAAGAUGAUUCCAGAAUCCUGUCUCUCAAGGAUGGAGUUAGAGCUCCGGUGUUGACUUCACCGGAACCAGAAUGGAUUCUUUUUAGCAAUUGGUGAUUUGGACGUCAAGGGCUCAUCUUUAUGCCUGUCCCAGUCUAUUUAGGUGGAAUCUCCAUGUGGGUAUACGUUUAAUCACACAAUUAAAGCUUUUUUGAUAUCUUAAACCCCACUACUUGUGUCAAGAUUAGUUCUUUCUGAACCCUUCUUUUUAUUUUUUUGUAGUGAGAAUUUGAUUGGAUUGCUGAGUUUUUGUUCCCCAAUUGAAUUUAUGCUGUGGACAUGUUAUGGAUUUUGUUUGGGGGUCGUCCCUCUUUGCAUAUAUUCUUCUACCAACCUCUAUCAUUUGGGAGUUAUUUAGUUGGAUUUGAUUGAAUCUUAGAUGAAAUGGUUUCCACUUCUCUGAAACGAUUAGAGUUGUAUUUUGGAAUUAUAAAGCUUUUGGAUUCAGAAAGGGGAAGCAGGUUCAGAAAUUGACUAUAUGAUGAGUGACUGAAGGAAUGGAAGGAAAAUUUUAGAACAUGGAUGAUGGAGAAGUAGAGCUCUGUGAUCAGGUCUUAUUAUCAAAUCCAGAUGUAUCUUGUGAUCUACAAGGGCCCACCUAUGAUUCAUUUGAUGAAUUUUUGAAGAACACUAGGACAUGUACUCACACUCACACCUGCAAUCCACCCGGCCCUGAUGCAGCGCAUACUCAUACCUGUUACCACACACACACCCAAGUGCUUGCAUCCGAGGAUGAUGAGGGAUCAAAUGACAAAGAGAAGUCUGUCUCAAAAUCUAGAAGACCUUCAGGAAACAGGGAAGCAGUUCGGAAGUAUAGAGAAAAGAAGAAGGCCCAUACAGCAUACUUGGAAGAGGAAGUCAAAAAACUGCGUAUCCUUAACCAGCAAUUGGUUAGGCGAUUACAGGGGCAAUCGAUACUUGAAGCUGAGGUCUUGAGGCUAAGAACCCUAUUAACAGAUCUUAGAGGCAAAAUUGAUAGUGAGUUGGAUGUGAAACGGGGUAGUUCUACUGUUUGUUUCAAGGAAGGUGAUGGUGUGGUUCAUUCUAAUGGAGGAAUUGAUAUAAGGUGCAACACUGAUGUCCCAUGCCUCCAUCCACAAGCUGUGCCAUCUUUGCAAGCUCAAAUUGGUGGGAGAAAAAAUAUGAUGUCCACUUGGGAGGGAAGCUGCCAACCUGCAAUAAUGGAGAGCCAGGCAUAUCCAAGUGCUCCUGUUGGCCAAAACAUGGCAAGUGUAGAGGGACAUACAGAGAAACUGAAUCCAGAAACCAUGGACACACUAGAGACCUUGGUCUCAUCUGCAUCUCAACCCGAACAGCAAGAAGGGAGGAUCUAAUUGUAAGUCUUCUGCUUCCUAUAAAGCAUGAAGUCUCUGAUCAUCUUGUCUUGAUAUUUUCCUGAAGUUUGCGAGUAAUAAUGGGCUUUUUCUCCAUAUACUGUACAGUAAUUAUGACUUCCCAAAAGGCCGAGUAUUAUCAUAAAAUACACAUGGAGGUUUGUAUCAUCUAUUUAGUCCAAUAGAAAUAUGGGUUUGGUUACAACAAUUUUAGUUCUUUUAUGUUCAUAUAAACUUUAGUGAGGCCUGGUAUGUACAUGAAAGGAUCUUUUUAAGGUCAAGAUGAAUGUAAAGUAUAAAUUUAUAUACUA